ACCGUCAUGACCUCAUGUUAUUGAAUCUCGCAUUCAUCGAGCGCGGACCGAGUGACUCUUGAGACCUUGAUUUGGACUGGGUUGUUUGCAGAUUAAUGACGCGCCUUAUUUUGGGAUUUAAUGAUUUGUCACACUUUAAUAAAACAUUUGCUUAGAUAAUAAUGACGAAAGUAAAAUGAUGCUGGAUAUGAUGUGCCUGGUUAAUUAAAAAUAUUAAUAAUGAAUGGAUUUAUAGCUGUACACUGUGGGGCUGGAUACCACAGUGAUUCUUUAAAGAAGGAAUACCAGAAGACCUGCUUUUUAGCAUGCAGGAAAGCCUCCGAAGCUCUUCAGCAAGGUGGUAAUGCUGUAGACGCGGUGGAGAAAGCUAUAAUAGAAUUAGAGAAUAGCCCACUGACAAAUGCUGGAUAUGGAUCAAACUUGAGUUGGAAUGGAUCAGUUGAAUGUGAUGCUUCAGUUAUGAAUGGUCAAACACUUCAUUUUGGGGCAUGUGGAGCAGUAUCAAAUGUUUGGAAUCCUAUUUCCUUAGCCAAACAUCUAUGCAUAAAGCAGUGUGAUAAUCUAUCACUGGGUCGAGUUCCUCCUUGCAUAUUGACGGGACAUGGAGCAAGAACAUGGGCUGAAAGAAUGGGUUUAGAGAUAGUUGAUGAACAUAAAAUGGUGUCUGCUCGGGCAUUUAGAAACUAUAAACAUUGUAAAAGAAAGCUGAAAAGAUAUUCAAUACAAAAUGACAUAAAAUUUAGUCCCUUAGAUACUGUUGGGGCUAUUUGUGUAGACUCAAAUGGUGUUGUGGCCUCAGGGGCAAGUUCAGGGGGUGUUUCCUUAAAACAUGAAGGAAGAGUUGGGCAGGCUGCUUCAUUUGGAAGUGGAGUAUGGGCAGUAAUGAGCAGAGAUGGUACAAAGCCCUCAGUAGCAGCAUGCACCUCAGGCUGUGGAGAACAUUUAAUCAGAACACAACUAGCAAAAGUAUCUGCUGAGAGUUUACUAGAGUCUUCCCCUGUUCUAGGCCUUGAUAAAUGCUUUAAAGAGAACUUUUUAGAAUCACCUUUUUUAUGGGAUGUUCCUGAAAGGCUAGGGGGAACAUUAGCUUUAAAGUUUGACUCUGUGAAUGGUGAAGGAGAGUUACUUUGGGGACACACUACUAAAACUAUGUGUAUUGGAUACAUGUCUACUGAGAGUGACCGGCCUAAGUGUGUCAUCUCAUAUCUACCACAAAAAGUAGACCCUGGGCGCAAAGCUGUUGUAUCUGGACAACCCUUUAAAGUGUCUAUGCAGGCAUGUCCUGUCCUGACUUGGGAGGUAAAGGUCGAAGGCAACUGUAAUGGAUCUCUAUAAGUAUUGUAAGUAAAUAAGAGAAAUAAACAUGUACCUAUAUAAAAAAA